AUACCCCAUGGCUUCUCUCUUCUAUCUCUCUCUCCUCCUAAUCCUAACCCUCUCCUCUGCCACGCACCACCACCAUUCCCCCUCCAUUUCCGCCGCCGCCUCGUCGGAUAUUCAACAAGCCUGCAAGGCCACGCGCUUCCCCCAGCAAUGCGAAUCCUCUCUUUCCCAAUCCCAGAACCUCCCUCCCAACCCCACCCCUCUCCAACUCCUCCAAUCCGCCAUCGCCGUCACCUCCGACAACCUCGCCACCGCGCAGUCCAUGGUCAAGUCCAUCCUCGCCUCCUCCUCCGACAGCCGCAACCGCACCGUCGCCGCCACCACCUGCAUCGAGGUCCUCACCAACUCCUACCACCGCAUUUCCCUCGCCAACGAUGCCCUGCCACGAGGCAGAACCAAGGACGCUCGCGCCUGGCUCAGCGCUGCCCUCGCCUACCAGUACGACUGCUGGAACGGCCUCAAGUACGCCAACGACACCCAAAUGGUCUCCAAAGCGAUGUCGUUUAUCGACUCCCUCACCACCCUCUCCAGCAACGCCCUCAGCAUGGCCUUCUCCUUCGACGCCUUCGGAACCGACACCGCCUCGUGGAAACCGCCCGCAACGGAGCGCAACGGUUUCUGGGAAUCCGCUGGGUCGGGCGGAGGAUCCGGACCCGGCUCCGACGGUGGUGUUCCGUCCAAGUUAACGCCAGACGUUACGGUCUGUAAGGGUGGAGGGAACGAGUGUUAUAAGACAGUGCAGGAAGCCGUUAACGCUGCGCCAGAUAACGCCGCUGAGACGCGGAGGUUCGUGAUACACAUAAAAGAAGGGGUUUACGAGGAAACCGUUAGGGUUCCGUUAGGGAAGAGGAAUGUGGUGUUCUUAGGCGACGGAAUGGGCAAAACGGUCAUCACUGGCUCUGCAAACGUUGGACAACCCGGGAUGACCACUUACAACUCUGCCACAGUGGCGGUUCUUGGGGAUGGAUUCAUGGCUAAGGAUCUGACGAUUGAAAACACAGCAGGGCCUGAUGCUCAUCAAGCAGUGGCUUUGAGAUUAGACAGUGAUCUUUCUGUGAUUGAGAGUUGUGAAUUCUUAGGCAAUCAAGAUACUCUUUAUGCUCACUCUCUCCGACAAUUUUACAAGCUAUGCCGCAUUGUGGGUAACGUGGAUUUCAUCUUUGGAAACUCUGCCGCCAUUUUCCAAGACUGUCAAAUCCUUGUUCGUCCCAGGCAAGUGAAGCCCGAGAAGGGUGAGAACAAUGCCAUCACUGCGCAUGGCAGAACAGACCCUGCACAGACUACGGGCUUCGUUUUCCAAAACUGUUUGAUUAAUGGCACUGAGGAUUAUAUGGUAUUGUAUCGCAGCAAACCUCAAGUGCACAAGAACUACUUGGGUAGGCCUUGGAAGGAGUUUUCUAGGACUGUUUUCAUUCGUUCAGUUUUGGAAGCCAUUGUCAUUCCUCAGGGUUGGAUGCCAUGGAGUGGUGACUUUGCUCUCAAGACACUCUACUAUGGAGAAUUUAAUAACUCCGGACCCGGUUCUGAUUUGUCUCAGAGGGUGUCAUGGAGUAGCAAGAUCCCUUCUGAGCAUGUGUUAACAUAUUCAGUUCAGAAUUUCAUUCAAGGAAAUGAUUGGAUUCCAUCGUCUCAGUAAUUAGCCCAUCGUCGUUAGAGUGAUAAUCAGAGAACCGUUAGGAGGCAUCAGUAAAU